UGCAGCAGGCAGCUCGGUGCGCAACUUUUUCAUUCAGCACGCACUAACACGUCUCUGUCAGCCGGCGCAUCGUUAAUAAAAUGUGUGUGAAAUGUGCGUUUCUCUUUGACUGAACCGUGAGCUGGCUGUUUCCACUUUUGUCUCCUUGGCUCGUUUUUUUCUUUUGAUGUGCGACAAGCCGCGGGAAAGAUUGUAUCUAGGAAGAGACAGCUCACUACUACGCCACCUCUAGCGAGGGAAGCCCCCCACGCGUUGCGCGCCUGGAUCACCGGGGGUUUACAUUUAUAUAUUUAUAUUCAGGUUCUCUCACCCGGCUGCGCGUGUGCACGCGCGCGGCGCACUUACACGUGCGUGUUCAAAAAGAAGCCCUCGGACUCCGUCCUCAACAGUUGCCACCAGAAGGAGGGAGAGAGAGGGAGACGGCAGACUGAGGACCGGACGGACGCCGCUCUGCCCGGCUCUGCUCCUGACAUGCAGUCGCUCAUUUCUCCGGUGACCAAAGCCAUCCUAGUUGCGCUCUUCAUCUUCGCCAUCCUGCUGAUCCUCUAUGUGAUCCUCUGGUACAUCUGUAGGGACGUGGACUGCGACCACGGAAUUUGAGGAUUCCGUUAAAGCGUGGAAAUAACGGGAAAUCAACAAUGGGGCGCACAGAGGAGCCCAAAGAGUCCUGUCUCAUCCCAAUUGCAAGGAGGCGAGGAUGCCCAGACGCCGUAUUGGAAUGUGUCCCACAGGCUUGCAUCGCUCUGCCUGUCUAGACUGACUGAUUCUGCUGCUUUUGCACACCCUGCCAAGGAUGUGGGCUGCCCUUCGGUUUCGUCUUCUACCUGCUAUCAAGGUGUACCUGCUUGGCUUUAAGGUCCUGCUGGAUCAGCUACUAAACAAACCUUUAAAACUUCCAGUGAUGCCCAGACAAGAUGGCAAGGUUGCCAUAGUGACAGGAGGAGGCAGGGGAAUCGGCUAUGAGGUGGUCCGGCAUUUGGCCAGAUUGGGAGCACAUGUUAUCAUAGGUGGAAGGGAUGAGCAGAGGGGUCUUGCUGCCAUCAAAAGGAUUUGUGAAGAGGACAAGCAGGCCAGAGUGGAGUUUGAGAAAUUGGACCUUGCUUCAUUGCAGUCAAUCCAACAAUUUGCUGACAGCUUCAAGAAGAGGAACCUGCCACUCAAUAUUUUGGUAAAUAAUGCCGGUGUGAUGCUGGUUCCCGAGGGCCGAACUGAGGAUGGGUUUGAGCAGCACUUUGGUGUGAACUACCUAGGCCACUUUCUGUUGACCUGGCUCCUCCUGGAUGCACUGAAGGAUUCUGGGAAGUCUGGUCACGUCUCCUGUGUGGUCAAUGUUUCAUCGUCAGCUCAUUCAAUCGGGGAAAUCAGACUGAAUGACUUAAACAGCUGCCAACAUUAUUCACCUCAUGCUGCUUACUGUAGCAGUAAACUGGCCCAGGUGCUGUUCAGUUCCCACCUUCACCAGGAGAUGCAGAGAGAAGGUUGCCCAGUGGUUUCAUGUGCCGUGGAUCCGGGCAUGGUGGAUACGGCUUUAUAUAAACAUCUCUGCACACCCCUACAUUUGGCACGAAGUCUAAUUGCUCGGAUCCUGUUCAGGACUCCUGCAGAGGGCGCUGCCACUGUACUGUCAGCUACUUUUUCACCAGCCCUGGAUGAGGAUUCUGGCGGAGGCUACUGGGCCAACGGGCGAAGGGAGAUGACAACCCUGCCUACAUUUGACCCUCAGCUUCCAUUGAGUUUAUGGGAAAUCAGCCUCCAGUUGCUGGGAUUACAGUAACAUGGGACUCUAAAGAUGACUAAGAGGACUAAAUCUAUUUGAAAGCAUCACAUAAAGACCUUAAACUUGGGCUUACAUUAUUUCUGACCCUUUUUAAAAUUAUUUUCCAAAUCUUAUAUGAAGGUGUUGGUUGCACAGAUAGAACUGUGAUUGGUUGCGUAGGGUUUGGCAAGCUGUUGUUAUUAGACCUGCUUAUGAAGGGCUAGUGUGAAUAGAAUAUGUCUUUAUAUUAUGUUGCUUUAUUUAUAUUUCUUUCUAAUCAAACAAUAUGCAGACAUACAUAAAUUUGUGUCAUUCAGCAGAACCACUGAACAGAUUUCAGUAAUCAGUGAAUUUGUUCUUGGAUAUUAAUAACUGGCCAUCUAAAAAUUGCUAAAUCUAUCAGUUACAAGACUUUUUUUUUUCAACGAUCCAAAUGUUUGGGUUAAGUGAUGAUGAAAAGGUACACAUUAGUAAAAUUAAUGUUUGAAGUCUAGGAUGUACAGAAAAGUAACAACUACUGUUGUUAUCAAUACAUAAAUCCAUCUUUUUCACUCAAAGCACUUUAUUUUUUUCUCUCAUUCGCUCUUACUGUCUAAUAAGACAGGUUGUCAAGAUUUUGCUUACUUUAAAGACAUUGCUUAGCACCUAAAAAUGAUCUAGGAGGAUAUGUGAAGAAUCUCUUUCAACAGACUUGAACUUGGAACAAUUCUCCCUCAGUCUGUGAAUGAUUGAACAUUUGAAAAAUAAUAUAUUGCAAAGCCAGGGUUCCCAAAUGUUCCUUUUUCUCCAUCAGUUCAGACACAAAAAGGAGAAAUCAGUCAUCAGUUUUCCUUUUUGAUCUGUACCUGUUUUGCGUCGGGGACAAGUGUGCAGUAUGCACAGAAGUCUAGGAUGAACUCCUAUGGGCCCAAUAAAUGUUGAUGGGGAACAAAACAAUAACCGGUCUUGGAGGAAGGGGAAAAAGAGAAAGCACUUUUUCCGUUUUGGUUUUUUUCUAGCGCACAAACUGUGAUUGGUUCCCCACAGCUGCAGCUAAUGCCGCUUCCUUAUUUGGCGCCACUCCCAGUGCAUUGUGGGAUGGAAAAAUCUCCAUGAUGAGAAAAUAACUCUAUCUGGUGAGCUGACACAGACGCUCACUCGGAAAACACUGGAAGCAGCACAUCCAGGCGAAGGCUUAUCCAGCAAACAAACACAGCUGUCUCUCAUGCAGGGCUACACCCUCACACAAGAUGCGCCAUAAUGCCCUCUCCACUGUGAUUAAUGCAUUUUAGCAUUGAAGAUCAAACGUUUAUCUCAAAUUGACAUUCUUAGGCUAAAGUCUUUGCCAUUUAGAAGUCAACCUCUUAUCUUAAUUUGCUGUAUAUAAAGCAAUACUAUCACUGUGGUAGCUAAUUUAGCUGCUGGCAGACGCAGAGAAGUUCCCAAAUAUAUGAAUAAUUUGAAAUUUCUCUCUCUACAUGUACAAAGAUGUGUAAUGAAGAGAUUUUUAGUGUUAUGUUUUUUAGAGUAGCUACAUUUAAAGGUUUUGCCUUUUCUUAAGUAGGUGUCUGGAUCCGUUUAGGGAUGCAGCUCACAGUGUCUCCUCCAGAAAACUGUGAGGUCAAACCGAAUCUGUUACUCCUCCCUAAAUGAGAGCAUAGAUAACCUGCUCUGUCCUUUUCCUGUUAAUUUAUUUGGACAGCUAAAGGUAGGUGAAGGACUUCAUUUUACUGGCCUGUUGUUUUUGUAAAAGUCUAUCAGAUUUUUUUACUUAAACCCGACAAAGUUAUCCUGCAACUUCGUCUGUCAGCAAUUGUCUGCUUUCUACAAAACAAGAUGUCAUAAAAAGGGAUGGUCCAGUUUUAGAUUCAUAGUAAAGAAAUGUUUAAUUGUGAAGAUCAGGAGUCGUAGCACACAGAGAGGUCUGUAUAGUUUGUCCAGUGAUUAUAAUAACUGUUAGUAUGCACUGCUAUCCAAUCAUUUAAAAAAUAUAUUGUUUCAAAUCCAUCUGAACAGGAGAUCAGAUGGAAUCAAGGAGCACCAGGGUUUUCCUCCAAUUAAUAGAACAAAGGAACUCCCUCAAGCACGAAAGUUGCUGGUCAGCUGGCUGAAAGAAAACUCUGUUAUAGUUUUUACUUGCUUACAAGAAAGAUACAUUUGGCACAGAAUAUUUCUGUUAGUUAAAAAAAACACAGUCUUGAAGGUUGACUUUAAUCAAAGACAACAUUUGUCCUGCUUUGAUAUUUGUGAGAAGUUUAAGAGAACAGGCUGUUGCGAAACACUUGAGCAGACUUUCAGACCCUUUGCUUUGCUAUGUUCGUAGGUUUCUUUGCAAAUACAACAAAAUGUUGAGUUAUGAUGUGUUUGCAAUUUCUCCAAGUCCAAAUAUGAUUUAUUAAUAAUUUGAUUUGGAUAUACAAAUGCACCAGAAGUCCAGUAAAUGAGUUAUCUCCACCUUGACCAGUCACAACAGUUUUGUGUCAUUGCUUCAAGACAUCAGUAAUUCAAUUCUGAAGCAAGCAAAUCAUUAGAUGUUUUUUUUGUAGGUUAAUAAUUGUGUGAGGACUGACUACUCAAUGCCAGCAAUAUUUCUCAGUGUUUGGAUGAAUUUUGUUUUCUGCCUUCUCAGUGUUGUCACACAAUACUCGGAAACUGUUCGCCUCAAUGCUUCCUUGUUUGAUUCUGACUCCCUUAGGCUACUGGAGUAAAUAACACACAUAUUCCCACUGAAACAAAUGUGCUUGCUUCCUGUGACACAAAUGAAAAAACACCAGCUUACAACUCAGCUCUGCUCUUCUACAGAGUGCAAGGCUACAAAUGUGUGCUACAUCCUGUCAAAGAGCUAUCUAGUUUUUCUCAGUCCAGCUGCUGAACUAGGUGUAUUUAAAUGAGAGAGGAAUGAGGCGGAGGGGACCAAGAGCGCUUCGGACUCUUUUAUCUGAGCACAAGGUUAUCCAAAGAGUGAGCGUUUGACAGAGACAUGAACAAGCAAGUGAACUGUCUGAACUUAAACUGCAAAUUUAGAAAUGGAGCUAAAACGGCUCCAGUAAGUAUUUGUCAGUCGUUUCGUCUACGUGAUUAACAUGUCUUUGAUUAUUUAAACCACUGGAGGAGACCAGUGGAGGUGUGUGUAGAUUGAAAAUGCUUUAAUAGCCAUUCCUUUGACUGACCUGGGAUUACAUUUAUAUUAAAUGUUCUAGUCCCAUGUUUUGCAAAAUCCUAAAUGUGUAUAUGUAUAUGAAGAGCUGAGUAUUAAAGGGGAGCCAGAUGAACUGAGUCCUUACUUUGGGACAAAUAAAGUAUAAGAAAAUAUGUUUGUUCUCUCUGUUCACUUAAAGCAUGGAAACCUUGUACUUGUUCUAAGUCCAGGCUUGCAUUUUUGAGACUGAACAAAAAAAAUUUCCCACCACAGUCAUGGUAAAAACUCAGUUCAUCUCGGCCCUUUGAGGUUUUAAGAAAAUGUGUUUUACUUUUCUCAUAAUUUUUGCUGUUGUUGAGAUGCACAUAUUAUUGCUUUUUCUGUGCCUAAGAAAAAAAGAGCUCCCUCUUAUGUGACUGUGAAUUUUCUCAUGUAGAACUGAACUAGUAGUAACUAUGAUAACGUCUUGUCCCGUGCAUUGCCGUAAGUUUUUUCUCUCAAGAGCGUUCGGAUGGAGACUGUUUGGUUACGUGUGCCGGUAUGCGUGAGUAAGUGUUUGUUUAGUUAAGGGAAUUGAUGUCCAUGUUUCCUGUCUACGGUUGUAACAUUCCAGCAGCAGCCACCCCUAUUUUUUCUAUUAUCCAAAGUCUCUCAAUAAACAUAUCAUUGUGCCACUCGC